AUGGAGGCUUCUAAAGAGGAUCGACAUCUUGCUGAUUUUCGUUAUGCUUGUGCUGGUUACUCUAUUUAUUUGGAUCGAAUUAAAGAAGAACCUUCUCAAAAGAACACAUCAGAAUUGCCCAUUUGUGUUGGCUUGGAGCUAUUUAUCCCUUUUCUUUACCUUCUAGAUGUUCGUGAAGUCCCUCAGACUCAGAGGCACCAACCACCUACUCAAUCUGCCGGAACUGUUUUCUUGAACAAGUUUUCAAGAAAUGCAGAUCUUGUUGCUUCAGGGGUGACUAAGAACGUGUAUAAAGUAGGUAACUACAUAAAAGGAAGUCUCUCAGAUUUUUUGUUCCCAUACAGAGGGAGAUCAAAGUAA